UUUAGAGACCCAUCACUUGGCUUUAGAAGACAGAAAAGUGUGUGAUGAUGACGAGGGGCAAACGAGAUCAUUGACCUUUCCCUGUCCAACAUGCAGAGCAGAGAUCACCGUGCCACCUGGUGGAGUCACUCAGUUUCAGUCCAAUUUCUACUUGACGUAGAAAACACUCAAAUGUGAGGUAUGCAAACGAGAUGAAGAAGCUACGUACAGCUGUACUGACUGUGGUCACAACAUGUGCACCCAGUGCCAGACGUGCCAUGACAUAUUUACCUCCAGUCAUCAUGUACAGCAGUUAGUCGGUAGUAACAAGCGGCAUUCUCAAAAUAGUUACAAUACAGACUUUGAGCAGAAACGUGCCAACCAACUCAAGGUACUGGAGGUGGCGCUAGUGACGAUGAUGGAGGAGGAAGAUAUGUUGCAACGGCAGAGGCAGGCGGUGACUGACGUCAUCACCAGGCGGGCCGACGCCAUGAGGGCGCUAGUGACGCAGACGGAGGAGAAGAGUCAAAGGGCGGUCAAUGAAAAAGCCGAUAAUUUGGGUAAACAGAUACAAAAUAAGAUGACCACUGCUCGCCAGAAGCACGCCAUGAUUGUAACACCACAAGUCUUUACUCAUGGACAGCCCACGUUACUUAGUAAUGAUGAUUUUGAAUAUUAUCAACAGCAGAGCCGAAGAGGACGACAAGUGAAGACUCUACUGCACCAGUUCAACGACUUUGCCAUUGACCUGCAGGCCGUAGAAGCCUACAUAGGUAAGGUGUGUGAUGACCAACUGACUGCAUUGGAGACUAGCUUACCUGUGGCAAGUGACGUCAGCAGUGGAACCAUGACAGAAAUGUCAGACGAUAAACCUGCUACGUCACAAACGUCAGACAUAACAAAACUAACACGUGACAUUUCAGACAUUGAGGACACGCUGGCAGCACUAGAUGCAUGCACACAAAACUUGGAGAGUCAGAAUCAAACCAAUGUUUCCUUUUUGAAAGAUGAAGACUUAAAGAUACAACAAAAUGUUGCAGCUUGUCAGAAAAAUAUGGAUGAUUGUACAAGAAACAUUUCAAAUAUUCAAAAAGACAUAGCCAGCAUGCGCCAGGAGUUUGAAACAAUGAAAGCUUCUAACUCUACUUUACAGAAUGAUGUUGAAAUCAUUAAGAAAGAAUCAUCGAGCAAUAAAAUGGAAACCCAAAAAGUGAAAGAUGUGGCUAACGACUUGAGAACAGAACUGAAGACUUUUAAAGGCCUACAACAAUGCGACCGGCAUUCUCGUCGCUCCUGUCACAGGAAUCUACUUCUUUAUGGCCAGCGCGAUGAACACAAAGGAGUCAGGGAAUCUUUAUCUUGAUAUUUUAGUAAAUAAAACUCACGUUGCUGAGUCGUUGACCACAGACAGCAAGGUGGAGUGUGGGAUGAGCUGUACUGUGCACGUAGUUCAGAGACUAAUUCAAGGACAGGAGGUAUCAUUGUCAGCAGGAACACAUUUGCCUUCCUCCUCUGUUUCGAUGCGAUAUCUUGAAACGUCCUUUGCUGGCGUUUUAGUGCAACAAGAGUUUGGCGUGGUAUAGUGGUAGCACUGGCAUCAUCAUCAUCAUCAUCGUCAUCAUCGUCGUCGUCGUCGUUAAUCCACAAAAUAACGAACACAGCCACUUACCUUGGAAAAAAUUGUCAAUAGUAUUUUUAGGAAACCGGUGAUCUACGUCUUUUAAAGCUUUGUUUUUAGAUGAGAUAGUUUUAAUAAUUAAUUUGUUUUAUCACCGUUUUUGGAUGUUUUGUACACACAAAAGCUAAAAUAUAUUAUACUAUUGCUAGUCACAUGGUUAGUAAAAUUAUAGGUAUCUUGUUAAAACAUAAUCAUGAAAAUGUAGUAGGUGGCAAGCGUGUUUAUGAUGGGGAAUGGUGUCUUUUCGCCAAGUAGGCUUGAAGGGACUGCAUUCUUCUUUUUUUUUUUUUUUUUUUUUCGAAUUUGCUGUGCUUGUUGUACAUAUGUUUCCAACUUACACUUUCCUUACAUAGACCUCUCUAGCUAACGCGAUCACAGUUUCUUAAUUUGUACAGGUCGACCAUGGGAUAAUGCUGGUAUCAGUGCUAAACAGCCAUCCCCUUCAACAUUGUAUUGCAAUUUCUGCUUCUUAACCUUAUGGAUUUUCUCCUGUUGGUUUGAUCGACGUGUUUGUUUAUUGCUCUUGUCUGCUCCAGUCCUGACUGUACAUCCACCAGAAGAACGACUUGGCAUUCCUAUUAACUCUAUAGAGCCACUGUCUCGUGUAUUGUGCUGCGUGGAGAGCCUGGCUUUGACUGGGAGACUGCGCUAUAAGAGCUCACACCAAUAUUAUAAAAAUCAUAAAUGUCUUAAGUUGUAUGAAGUGAUCAGUUCUUUAGGCGGUAAGGGAAGGAAGAGAAAUCGAAUUUAAUUUAAUAGACGAGACAUGAAAAAAAAUGUACUGACACCUACAAUCGUCAUACUGAAUUCAGAAUCACACGGAGAUGCAGGUGCUGCUUACUAGUGUUGAUGCCCUCUUCAGAAAAAUAUCUGAAAACGGACCCCGAUACCCUCCACCAAAAUACAAACAAACGACACGAGUGACUAAUUUUAGAAGAUUGAUGGUAACAAUAAAUCAGGGGUUGCACCUAGUAAUUGCAGACAAAAAAUUUCGCGGUGCCCGAGGCACCUGUCGCAUAUUGUGAUCACAUUAAAACAGCAAACAGUUACAUGGCAUACUGUACUAGCUUACAUACUUCACUGACAUGGGUUGUCUUAUAAGUAACUGAGGACAUUAGCAAUGUAUAGAUAACACAGAAAUGAAACUAAGUCAGUUAUUUUUAUGUGUAAGAGAUGGCAAAGGUCAGAUCAGAGAUCAAAUAGUUUUUGCACAUGUGUGACAUGGCUAAGAAUACGCUUUUUACUCUGUUUAGAUAAAAGAUAAAUCUGCUGUUUAUAUUUCACAAAUCUUUAUUUGGUUAUAAAAUUAUAAAAUUUAUAAACAAUUUGAAUACUCAAUACAAUAACGGGCAACAGUAAUUUGUGUAGUACUCAAACAGAACUGCCUCCGUAAUCUCUUCUCUCGUUCUACAAAACUGAUAACCCGGCAGCAUUAUUAAAUGAUGUUCAACAAAUACUUUAUACACUUAGGAAGACAAUUUUUCAUUUGUUGAUAAGAUUUGUAGGCACUAUGUUAAUAAGUUUCUGUGUACAACUGUAUUCACUGUACUAACGAGCCCAGCGGACGCGCACAGGCAGGAUAGGUAGGUUACCCAGUGAACACUGCAAUCAUAACCUCGGAGUAACAAGUGUGGGAGUAGAGCAGUGGGACGGUGUCGCAGGGAAGGUCGCGACCUCAUAAACACUGCCUGAACACGUCAGUAUAACCCAGGCACCCGGGUAGGAACGGGGAAGGAGAGAUUGAAUGACACAUAUUAGCACUGGGAACGAUUUCGAGGGACUAGGAUUUGCACACUGCGCAUCUUAGCGUGUAGGUCGUUAGGCAGGUGACAACUUACUGUUUAGAAAUUAUAAGACAUUUGUGUUGAUUUUAGUGGGGAGUGUGAAAAUAAACACAUCACAAAAAAGAAUAUAAAACAAAUUACACAUCUGUUUUGAAAAUAACAAAGAAACAGCACACACACACACACACACACACAUGCACGCACAAAAUCAUACUAUCAGUUCGUUAUGCUUAUCUGCAUUUGGUUGUUGAAGUUGUGUAACGUUUGUAUAAAAAGGAACAAAUAAAAAUUAAAUUCGACGACACUAUCUGCAAUUUAUUUUUACUUUUAUAA